AGAAAUGAAUGGAUUCGUAAACAGAAAAAUUUUUGAGAUGAAAAUCGAAAGGCAGAAAGAAACAUCUUUUACACAAGAAUCCGGUUGAUUCAGUGCACCAUGACUAUUUAAAACGCUAAAAUGAUAGUAAGGGCAUCGCCAAACAUAAUUUUGGGGUGUAGUUUAGCGAGAAUAUAGAAGAUAUUUGGCGAAAUAUGAGGCCAGAAAAAGGAACUACUCAGACAAGCAUGGAAGAAGAGGUGUUAGAGGGAAGUGAUUUGUUUAAAUGGAUAGGAAUGUUAGUCCUAGAGGCCAGGGUUCCACAAAUGUCACCAAAAGGCAGAACAGAAGGUCCCCAUUGCCCUGGAAUUCUAGGAGAAGUGACACAUGCAUGUGAUAAUAAGAAAAAUGAAUGUGUAGAAGCUGUAAAGGUAGCUGACCAGAUGGAGCAGCUGUGGCAGAACAACGUACCCAUGUGUAUAGAGGUACUCCUGCACCCUGAUUGCAAGCAUGGCAGAGAGAUGGCGAGGAGCGCAUUGAGCUCACCUUUGGAAAAAGAGAAUGUCAUUGUUCUGGAGCAAUGGACCAUCCAGGUCUUGCCAAAAAGGUGUAUUGGGAAUCCUGUUUCUGCCAGCAUGGUGAUGGGUGCAGUUAGGUCCUAUCUCUACUUCUCUCAGAUCAGUGCAUGGCUUAACAUGUCUAAAGGAGCUGCACCACGUAAUCUUGCAUACAGAAUAUCUGCACCAGGUGAAUAUACAGAAACUUACUGGAGUGAGACCCAACUACAACAGUCUCAUACAUUCCCUGGUACAGUCAUAUCCAAGACUGAUGCGAUUAAAGUAAGUGUCAUAUCACGUCCAAGAUGUCCAACAAUUCCCGCAGUGCUUUGCAAGGAUGUUGUUGAGGCAAAACAAGAUUCACAUUCUGGGAAAUCCUCCCCGAGGGCUUUAAGUAUCGAGAGAGGGGACUUGUCGGAUAGAAUGUCACCCAAACCUGCAGCACAAGAGAGGUCAUUUUCACCUAAGCUGUGGCAUGGGUUGAUGAAACCUGAAUUUGAACCUAAAACAGAAUGUAUUAGUCAUGGGUCACCUCAUGUUGAUCAUGACUCACCCAAAAGUACAACACCCUACAAGAUUCCAACUAUGCAAAACCAAAAGAGAUUCACGCAAGAGUCAUCACACUCAAUUAUGACAUCACAAUCACAGUCAUCUAAUACAACAGUGCAAACAUCUAAUGGAAGAUCUUCCUCAUCAAGUCCAACACAACAGUCAGGCUCCUCAUUGAGGCCCUCUCCUAAAACACCCCCAGCCUCUACAUCUACCCCCCAAUCUCCCUUAACAGAAGACAUCAUAUCUAAAAUGAAACUUACUGGUGCCGUUCCAAAACACUACAAACUUCUACAUGAGCAACACCAGCUCACCAGUUCUGAUAUACCAUUACAAAAAAUAUUGGAAAAGGAUGUAAUGAAAAAACAAGCACCUAUAGAAUUGAAAAGCCCUACAAUUUUAUGGACUCAAAAAUCAACAGAUCAGGUUUAUUAUGAUCCUAAAAACUCACCCAUUAUAUCAAUGAAUGCCCAAUAUGAGCAUGAUUUAGCUGCAGUAACUUCAAAAUUCACGACAAGACUACUUCAACCCCUGUCAUCAACAGAAAUGGAAAACUAUUUGGCAGAUUUGAAACAACAAACCCCUGGACACCGUCCAUUUUAUGCCAGGAAUUUAUCUAGUUCAUCUUCAAGCAGUACAGAGUCGAUAUUAGAGUCUAGUUGUGAUUCUAUCAGCUCAAUAAAAUUGAAAGUUGCCUCCAAACACUCCAAGGUACAGCCUAAUAAGGAAACAACCGAUUGCCAAAAUGGUAGCAUUGAAAGGACUAAUACCCAGAAUGGAAGCACAAAAUGUCAAACAAAUUCAAUAGUGGAAAUAGAAGCACAUACAAAUAGUCAUAACAAUAUGAUACCUUGCUCUAGCAAAUCAGUUUCAAAUGGAGUAAACAAAACCACUCUUGUUAGUUCCCCUUGUAAUAUUUCCACUUCAGAAAAAGAUGUUAUAAAUGGUGUCAAUUCAAGUAUCAAUGGCCAUGAUGCUAAAGACAUCAGCCAGAUAUCCUCCCCUGCCAAAUCUAGGAUCCAUGAACCUAUAGUAGGAACUAAAGUUAUAAAAACUCAGAGUCCAAAAACUGUUAAAGGUUUUCUGGAUAGUGAUUCUAGUAGUAAUAAUAACAGUCCUAGGUGUAACUCUAUACUGUCAAGGUAUAGUAGCAACGACAGUAUUGACUCAAGCCCUGAAAGGAGUCAUAAACAUCAAAGUCCUAAUGGUGCUUUACGAGUGAAACAAUCGCCAGAUAGACCCAAUGUGCUGCAACUACGCCGAAGCAAUUCUCAUGAAUAUGGACAUCAACAGGAGAAUGGUCAUGUCAAACAUGUGGUGUGUCAUGACAAUGCUCAAGCCGCAGUUUCUCAUGAUGAGUCUCAUGAAUUAAACACCCAUAUACAGUGCUAUGAAAAUGUUCAGAAUGGUGUAUCACCAUUAAGACGAUCAAGUCUUUCAGACCAGUUAGAUUCCACCAGUCAGAAUGGAGAGACUUCUCAAGAUAAUAAUGACACUUUAACAGAAAGUAUUAUUGAAGACCCUCAUGAUACAAACAAAAUUAAAUUCACACUCGAUAAUGAGGAUGAUGAUAAUGUAUCUGAGAAAGACGAUAUAACAGAAUCAAUGCAAGUCAAAACUGACAAUGAAACUACAAACAACAGCAUCAGUAACACAAACUACUUCCAAACACCAAAGCCAAAUGAAGAAAGUAAGGAAAGCAAAGUGAAUCGGAAACUCGAGGAUAGAUAUUCCCCUCAGUCAGUCACCCACUUUGUGAGGUCACCUACUGAUGGUGUGGUAGUCCCAGGGUUCCAUGGUAUGGUGAAGAGCCUCUCUACAUCACUCUUACGCUCUAUCAUGAGGAAAGACAACAGUGCUCAAUCAGUGGGGGAUGGCCAGGUUGACAGUAUUGGGCGUAGAGUGCCCUCAGCCCAGGAGAAAGCCACUUACAGGAAGUCAGUGGAUAGCAGCAGUAAUAUUAUAUUCCACCAUUCUACAGGUCUUCCCAUGCAGUCUAGUCCAGCACCCAUGAAGAAGAGAACCCAUGAACGCUUUGAAUAUGACCAUUCCCUUAAUACUGUUAAGUCCAUUAAAAGUGCUAUCUCCAUGGUGACCCUAGAUACAAUGGAUAGCAAUGGCAACACCACUGACAACAACAAGGUGUUCAGCACAAGUGCUCCUGCAUGUACAACUCCCAAUUGUCUGCUAGGAAACUUUGAGGAAAGUUUGCUGAAUGGUCGCAUUGACCCUGUAGGGACUGUGUCAGGAUUCACUGCAGAGAUAGGUGCCAGUGGGGCUUUCUGUCCGAAACAUCUUGAGCUUGAUGUAACAGCGUUCUUCUUCAAUCUUUCUGAUGACAAUGCACCAUCUCCUUAUUUGGGCCACAUUAAUAUAGAGGCCGCUUGUAAGAGAAGAGGAUAUCAUGUGCCAAAACUAGGAACACUUCAAGUGACUCUGUUCAACCCAAAUAAAAAAGUGGUUAAGAUGUUUGUCGUUCGCUAUGAUCUCACAGAUAUGCCACCGAACUCUCAGACGUUUCUGCGCCAGCGCACCAUAUACCAACCAGUACAGCAUGGAAACGAAAACUCUCAGGACCUGCCAACAUUCUUACGCUAUCUGAUUCACCUUAGGUUCUGUAGUUCCAAAUCUAACAAGAUAUAUCUACAUACAGAUAUCCGGCUGAUAUUUGCACGGGACAAAUUUGAAUUUGAUCCACGUGUGGCAAACUACGAACUAAGGUCUUACACAGAAGGACCCACAAACCCACAAUUUUCUCCAAAAAGGUGAUAAUAUCACUGUACUCAAGGAUUUAAAGAAAAUGUGUAGUAUAUACACAAAAUCAAAUGGGUUCAAAAUUCAUUGUUAAUUACAAUGAGGAUUUUUUGGUGUUUUUGUAAAAAUGUCAUGCAAGCCUAAAAUGUGCCAUUAUCAAAUUAUGUCAAUUUUGCUUACAAAUGCAUGUUUUCUUGUAUUUUCUGUUUCUGAAAAUAUAUUAAGGUAUUAGUGUUGAAUCUUUAGAUUGGUCAUACUGCUGUAUGCUUCUAGAAUUGUUCAACCCAGUUAAAUAUGGCCAGUUGUUUGGUUCAUGUACACAUGUAAUUUAAUCAGUCCUCUCAGUUUACCAUUUGAUGAAAAAAAAUUCAAGUUUUGAUUUGUAGAAACUCAAAAUUUUCCUUAUUCAGGUAACUUCUUGAGAGAUAUUGUUCAUGAAUAACCAAGAUAAGAUUUGUUUAUAACAGAAUGCAUCAUUUUAUUCAUGGAAAACUGGAAGGAGUGGAUCAGGUCCCCGAUUGCAUUCACAAAUAAAUUCAGUAGUAGAAAGCUAGUCUUUGAUUCUAAACCCCGUUUUCGUAUUAUGAGAUGUGAAAGUGAUCAUGUAUCCAUUUUCUCAACUCAUUCUAAUAGUAUGACUGUAAAUCAUGUUUAUUUCUUUUUUGUGAACCUUAAUAAUUUUACCAUUUAUAACAUAAUUCUGGAAUAGUGAACUCAUUAUAUGACGCGAAACACUUCAAUGAAUUAGAAUUCAUGAAAACUGAAUGAUUAUUUGAACAUGUUUUACAGUAUUAUAGACUUAGUAGACACAGUACAGUGUAUCAAACUGAGAUUUUAGUUGUAUAUGGUUAACUCUUUAUUCAACAAUGUAUGAAUAUUUAUGUUUAAAAAUUUAUCUGCUUGAUUGUGAAUCAGUGUUAUUGUACGUUGGUGCAUAUCUGUUAAAAUUGAAUUAUCAUUUUCGAUGACUGCAAAAAUUUUGAAUCUUGCAAAAAUCAAAGUAUUUAUUGUUUUGUAUAUAGUGGAUAUUUUAACUUAUUGCCUCUAUUGAGGUUAUAUAUGAUAUACAUAUAAUCUAUUGAAGUAUUUAUCACUGAGGUUUUAUAACUUUAGUCUUAGUUUAGAGUUUGGUGGUGAGAUUUAAAGUUGCAGAUAUACUGUAGUAAUACCAAUUGUAUACUAACUUUUCAAAAAUAUUGGCAUACUAAUCUGAUAUCAUUUAUGUCAUAUUUAAUAUCAAAAUGAUAUCAUCAGUUUCCAUUUGUGGGAAUUAGAAAAAAAAUGGCAUCAGUGAUUUGACUAAAAUCUAUUUAAAUGUUUUUUGAAGUUUAAGUUUUCUAUUCAUGUACUGUUCUAUAGAAAAGCCCUUCUAGAACAUAUUAUAACUAUUAUUAUUUAUUUAUUAUGGUGUUAAGAUUUAACUAUUUACUCUUAUAAUCACAUACUAUGUUCAUUACCCCUCAGAAUGUCCUCUCAAGGAGGGGUGGGGUAUUACAUGUAAACUAACCAGUGAGAAUGGUGAAUUUCUGUUGAUGAGUGUAGCUUCAUCAUUGUUAAAUUUUGUUUGUCUGUUAUUAUUUGAAAUGCCUAAUAAUAAAUUAUAGAUACUUCCUAUAAAUAGACAAGGUUUUUUGUUUAUCUUUCAUGAAUACAAACAAAGUAGUUGAUUGUGUUAUGCUGAGUCUUGUGUAUUUAGUUAUUUUAAGGUGGGGGGAGUCUGAUAAAUUUUAGACCAAUUGGAAUAUAAGUCAUUAUUGAUGUCUAUAUUAUACUCUUCCUCCCUUAUUCUACUUUAUUGUAUAUUUCUUCAAUUAUUAUUUCUGCACUUAUUUUCAUGUGGUAUUUUUGUUAUACUGUAUUAUUUCUAUUAUUAUUUCUAGUAUAAAUAAGUAAAAUUCUUCAAAAUACUGCAAAUUGAAGGGUGAUCCGAGAGUAAGGCAAAUAUAGGUACCAUUUCAUGGACACCCUGUAGUAUAAUCAGGUACAUUGAAAUAUAGAGUUCAAGUUUAAUUUUUCAUUGAUUGUCUUCAUAUACAUGUUAGUGCAUCAACUUUACAAAAGUUAGCUUAUUGUUCAUUUUCUUGAGUUGUAUAUCCGCGUGUAUACAUUUUUUUAAAUUUUUGAUUUAAAAUUUUGUGUUCCUUGAAUGUUUGAGGGGUACAAAAAUAAUUUUUAUACUUUAUAUGUGUGUUUAAGGGUGAAUAGGUUGUUAUAUGAUUUAAGAAAUAUAUUCCUGAAAAUGGUUAGGGAUGCCUUUCUAUUGAGCCUUCUCUCAAUAUUAUUAGAACUAAAAUUUAUUAUAUUAUUUCAAAUAAGGAAAAUCUACCAAUAUUAUGUCUGUGUCGAGUAGGUUGCAUCAAACGUUUCAACAAUUUUUGCACAUCUCCACAAUGUAAGGUUGAGAUUUUAAGCUUGCGUGUGUCAUUCUUUUCUUUAGAGAGUUUACAAUUCUACACUGACAACUUCGAACAUAGAUCUGUAAUCUGAGUGAACUAGAGAUGGUUACAUGUUGCCUAACACCAGAUUAUGUGAGCAAAGAAUCUUGUUUCUGGGUAUUUGGCAAGGAAAACAAAUUCAGAAAAAUGCCAGAUUUUCAGUCUUUAUGCAAUAACAGUAUAUGCCAUAGCAUCUGAAAUUCAACAUGGCCAUGGCCAUUGACAGUUUUUUAAAUGUUCAAUAGUUUAAAAAAAAUUAACCUUUUGAAAAGAGGUCUGUUAUAUGGGUCUAACAUUGCCUGGUACUCAGAAAAAAGAAUUCUUUUUGUGGAUCAUAUUUACAUCUGUACAAUUAUGUACAUCUGUGUGUUUCUAUACAACUGCACAUUUAUGUACAUUAACAUUUGUUCAUUUAUGUGCAUCUGUAUUUAUAAGUUCCACAUUAACAGUUGUCAGUUUAGUAUUGUGAAAUCUUGAUUACUAGUAUUCCAGAUUUUACUCGUUACACUAGGGCUGACAUGGAAUGAAUUUUGGAAUUUACCUUCUGAAUUUGGAACUUUCAGAACUUCUACCUAUAGAUAUAUGAGUACAUAUAUAGUACACUGAUCCAUACGACUAUAUCUUCAUAGAUAGCUUAUGUAAAAAAAUAUGAAAUAUUUAAGAUUAUCAGUGGUGUAGCGUGGGUAUUUUGUGAGUGUACGUCACAAGUGAGCGA